UGCACCACCCAGGCCACCUUGGAGGAUGGGAAAUAACCUCCGGUGCAUCAGCAGGCGACUGGAUGGGAAGUGGAGCAGCUAGGACUUGAGCUGGCCCCCAUAUGGGAUGCUGGUGCUGCAGCUGCCUGGGAGGGAACCGGAGGAAGCGCAGGGAGUCUGGCCCUGGCGGGACGAGGGAGCGGCAAGAAGAGUCUGCGUCUGAAGGAGACCUUCAAGGCUCAGGUGAAGAAGCUGCAGCCGUAUCUAACCAGGAGUGUGACAACGGCAGUGGCUCAGAAGUGUGCUACAGUGUCAUUAAGCACGUCUCUCACGGGAGGUCCUCGCUCAACUCCAAUGACGACGGCGGCUAUGAGAACGUGGAGGCCGCCUCUGGGAGAGUGAGGCCGCCCCGGGAGGGCUCGGAGACCGAGUACGCGCUCCUGAGGACAGCCGCCCUCGGACCCUCCUCCUACAGCACUGAGCCCGACUACGAAGUCGUGCUUCCGCACUAGCAGCCCUCCUGUCCCCUACACGGAUGGGGUGCAGAUGGGCAGCCUCGGUUAGCGUCCACCCUCUCAGAAGCCUCUGGAGCAUUCGUCUCUGGCCAGAGGCUAUGUGUUCUGCGUUAGGUUUUAGUCUACCACUAUCAGCAGCUCCUGGGUGAGGUGGCUUUGCUUUGGUUGAAAUGGUGCUCCAGAGAGAGGCCCAAGACCUGCCCAGGACAGCCAGGGCACACGCAUGUGUCUUGGGGUCUUGGCUCCAAAUGUCAGCAUCUCCAGGGACCUAGCUCCUCUUUGAGGUGGGACUAACUCAGUACAUUCAGAAAUGUCAGACUAGUGACCAGACCCCUCAUUAGAUGCCUCACUGUUGCUUUUCUCUGUGUGCUGGGAAUCUUGCUCACACACUGUGGUGGGGAUCAAAGGACUGACGGUUUCCAAGAGGAGGAACCGAAUGUGUCACCAAGAAGGAACCAUGAGACAGGGUUACCCCCUCUGCUUUUCUGUCCAAUAGUAAAUUGUAGGAUUCUCUUCAAUGAUUAGUCAAAAAAAUUGCUGAAAGUUGUGUUUACAAUGAACCAGUUCAUGCCUGUGUAUUUCUUUGAGGUAGUUUUAAAUGGCUCACUUGCUUGUGUACAAGUUUUGCCCAAGUCUGGUGCUUCCUUGUGCUGAUGUCAACAUGUAGAAAUCCCGUAGUUCUGGAAAACUCAUCCUGUCCAAAGUAUAUGAGUAGAAAUCAGCCAACUUUGGAAAAAUGAUGAAAUUAUUGACUUUUGUGCUUUUGUAGCCAUUUUUGACAUAUAACACAUAUACUUAACAUUCAUGGAUUAUGGCAUUCUUAGCUUCGACACAAAAUGUUCUGGGGCCGGGCUCCCAUCUGUUCUCUCACCUGCUCGGCGUGACUGGGUAUUGGGCUGUUUAUCUCUUUCUCCACCUGUCAUGUGGGCUGAGAAAUGGCAUCCACACUGGCCAGGGGAUGGCCGGGUCCGGCACCGUCCGCUCCUAUGCUGUUCCCGCAUCCUUAUGUGCACUAGCAAGUGCUCACAAAUGCAGCAGCCCAGACCUUGUGUUGAGCUGUACACAUGGGAUCAACUGUUCAAAAAUGCCUGAGCAUGAAAGGGACAGCUGUGCUCAAAAUGGUGCCUACUCUGUCCUGGAGUUUACACAUGAAUAGUCCAACUCGAAUCUGGUAGACUCUUCACUAUGUGGUGGCAUCUACUACUGGGAAAUGACUUGUUUUCAGCAAAUUAUCUGUGAAAUUAAACCUACAUCAUUCCAGGUUCAGCAUUUAGGGCUACAUGCUUUUAUUUUAUUUUAUGUAUUAAACUGAGUAGAGCAGAUACUACACUUGAUCUUAGCCAAAAUGUGAA